ACACCACGACAGAGAACUGGGAGAACGUUCAGCGGGCAAACCACCAUACACGCUAGCAGCGUGGAUCGUCGCCAGUCGAUCGUACCAGUCAGUCAUCAUUGAGCAAAGCCUCGAACAACACAUUACUACGUACUACGUGGUGGGGAAAUUCCCUUCCGCACUUUCGCCAGAAUCCGAUCACAACGCUGGCUCAGCUUGCGGUGUUACGUGUGUGGUUAGUGCGUUCGAAUUUUGUCGAUUGUAUUUUGUUUAGUUUGAGAUGACGAUAGACAGUUUGAUCUUGGCGCAGCAGCAGCAGCAGCAGCAGUGACCACCGCGGAGGGGAUGGUGGCCGUGUGGUAGCACCGUGUGCGUGAGUUAAACCCGUUCAGCUUGGCUGUGUUUACGCGUGUUGCCUGCCUGUUGAUCAUGUGUCUGUGGUUGCGCGCUUCGUAGAUCGUUGAAAGAUCGGGGAACUCCGCAAUCAAAACGGGUUUACGUGUACGUGCUCGUGGUUUCCCUAUCCAUCGGAGCCCUGAUAGAGUGUAAACUGUGUCCAUUUCAUCGGCCCAUCUAGCAGGCACGUCGGCCAGUAAAUCGAGAGAGAGAGAGAGAGAGAGAGAGAGAGAGAGAGAGCGAGAGAGAGAGAGAGAGGGAGGCCAUUUGACCGCAGAACGACCCGGCAACAGGGUCGCUAACCCGACUGCAACAUGCAGACCACUAGCAGCACGUUAUACCUGGUAGUGAUGGUGUGCUUCCAUCUACAGCUGCCGUGCAGCGGAGCCAUCCUAACGGGCGGGUGUCCCCCGAAAUGCAUUUGCCCGUUGAGUAGCGCUGCAGGCAAGCAGGAAUUCAAUUGCGAGCCAUAUGGAAUCCACCUAGACAUCCUAACCACCCACAACCACCUCCUGGUGCACUGUACCGCCAUCGACCAUGCCAACACUUUCGGCGACAUUGACUGGAAACUGGAGGCGUUCAUCGCCUCGGACAUCGUGUUUAAGCAACUGACACUACAACGAUGCGCCAUUCCUGCGAACCGAUCGUUGGCCGAGUUGCUGUCUCCAUUUGUGGCGCCCCACAAAGCGGCCAUGCUAGAAACAGUGUUCUUCGUGGGGAACCAUCAGAACGGCUACAGUGCCGCACUGUCACCGAAACUGUUCGAGGGGCUAGCGGCGCUGAAGACACUUUCCCUCAAGAACGCCACCGGAGUGCCGAUAGUAGCAAACGAUCUGCUCGCACAUGUCCCCGGGCUAAGGUGGUUGGACGUGCGCGAAUACUCGCACGCCUUUCCACUGGAACUAUUAAAAUACGUACCCAACUUAACGACACUGGAGCUGGGGCAGGACCCGCUGCUUAGCCAGGCCGUGGCGGCCGGGUUUCUCAACCACCUGGAUUCCCUGGAAAUGUUGAUGAUCAGAAUUAGCUCGUUGGAGCAGCUCCCCUCGCUCAGCCAUUUCCAGCGGCUCAAGGUGAUCGACAUAGUGGCCAACCAUGGCUUGCAGUUGACGUCGGGCGAUACCUUCGCUAACCUCACGCAGCUCAUCAACGUGUCACUGAAAAAUAAUCAUUUGCCAGAGCUACCGCAUGACCUGCUUCACACGAACACGGCCAUCAAGUUUAUCGAUCUAUCCCUCAACCAUCUCACGGAACUGUCGCCCGAUUUUUUCAAAGCUCAGACCUCAUUAGAAGGGCUCUCGCUGAAAGGUAAUCGACUGCAGGGCGCCCUACCGGGCAAGCUCUUCUCGAGCACAAACAAACUCAGACAUCUUGAUCUGAGCGACAACGCACUGGAAUCCAUAAACAGCGAACUGUUUGGAAAUCUCGGUAAGCUGAAAACGCUUGUACUGAGCAACAAUCGCAUACGAGUGAUAGAGCCGAACGCUUUCAAGAUAAACCCACAAACAGCACCACUCAUCGCCGAACUAUACCUAGCACACAACCAUUUGAACCUCAAUGCAUCAUUGCAAGGUUUGUUCUACGGACUGGAUAAAUUGAAAAUUCUGGAUCUUUCCUACAAUGCGAUCACCAACGCAAACCACGUCCAGUACGGAAGCACGAUGCGUGGUUUGCAGUAUCUCAAUUUGUCUCACAACAGAAUAGCAAACAUAUCAUACAGUGAGCUUUUGUUUGUCUCAAAGGAAAUGAAAAAAUUCUCCCUUAGCGCAAAUGCCAUCGAUACGAUCGACUUCAAUGACCAGACCGAGUCAGGGAGCUUGCCAGAAAAAGUGAUGCUCGAUGGAAACUCGUUGCGCUGUGACUGUCGGUUACACCAGUUCGUGCGCUACUUAAAAACCAAGAGCAACCAGAAACCAACGCUGCAUGUGGAUAGCUUGACCUGUGGCAAAUCGAAUAACGAGCUCUCAAACAGCACGGUACAGGGGCUCGAACUGAAGCAGCUGCUGUGUGCCGUCACUGGCGAGAUGUGCCCCAGCAAAUGUACUUGCACGACGCGGCCGGAAGAUCGUUGUGUAAUUAUCGAUUGUGCGCGGCGCGGUAUCACUCGUGUGCCAGCCAUUCCACC